AUCAGUGCUGAGUACGACUACUAUCCUUUGAUUUGUUGUGAUUGUGUACAUUUCUUGGCUCGUGCCAUGCGAAGAGAACGAAGAAGAAUUCCUGGUAGUUUUUCACAGUUAGAAUUAGGCAGAGAUACGAUAAUAAAACAAUGGAAUAUAAAUAUGGAGUAUUGUGUGAGAAUAAGAGCAAUUUAUAUUGGUGGAGAUUUCCUGAUGGGGACUGAGCCUCUUGUCAUUUACAUGGAUGACGGUCUUCCCAGAUAUGUUUGUCCUCAGUGUGGCGUCAAGUAUAAGAAAGUCAGCGCACUGAAAGCUCACCGGAAGGAGUGCGGAAAGGGUGCUCAGUGUCCACUUUGUCCCAAAAUCGUGACACAGAAGCGUAAUUUGGCCAAACACAUGGAGAGACACGCUAAAGACGGUCUUCUAGAUCACUAUCUCCAAUCGGCCAUUGUGGACGAACCGAAUUACGAAAAAUCCUCCCCCUUUUGCUAAACUGAAAUUGUGAUUUUGACAGAAUUUUUCAUAUCAAUCAUCCAAUCCUGAAUAGUUGAUGUAUAUGGAGAAUUUAAGAGAGAUAAAUUAGCUUCUUCUCGUAAAUGAUUUCCUUUCGAUCACGUUCAGUUUUUUACCUUAUGAUUUGCCAAUGCUUUUGUGUUACUUUUGGCCUCUUGUGUGUGUGCUUAGGGAGAGCAUUUUGUGAGAUGAGUAUUUUUUUUUCUUUCACAUAGUCGAUCUGUGCGCAGAAACUCGCAAUCAUUCUCACUUGUCGUCCUGUUUGUC